UACUCGACGAACGACGAUUCACGGAACAGACAAAAAGUCGUUGCGCUCCCCUGAAUCAGUUGAUCGCUGUAGUUCACUUGUGUUCGACGUAGAUUUUCGAUCGUUUGUUUUGAUCUUGUUUUUUAAACACAGGUUUUAUCAGAAACUAAGAUGGGUAAACCAGCUUUGUACUAUGCUACACUUAGCCCUCCAUCAAGAGCUGUAAUGCUUACGGCUGCCGCUAUAGGUGUUGAAUUAGAAUUGCGUCCAAUCAAUUUGCUUAAAGGAGAGCAUCUUACACCAGAGUUCGUCAAAAUGAAUCCCCAACACACCAUUCCUACUUUGGAUGAUGAUGGAGUCAUAAUCUACGACAGUCAUGCAAUCUGUGCAUAUUUGGUUGGCAAAUAUGGCAAAGAAGAUAAUCUGUAUCCAAAAGAUUUGGUUAAACGUGCUAAUGUUGAUGCUCGCUUACACUUGGACUCAGGUCAUUUAUUUGCUCGAUUAAGAAUGCUAUAUGAGCCUAUUUUAUACUACGGAUCAACUGAUUGUUCAAUUGAUAAAAUUGCCUACAUUCAAAAAUGUUGGGAUAUUUUGGAAAAUUUCUUAAAGGAAAGCCCGUAUUUGUGUGGUGAUGAAUUGACUAUUGCUGAUUUGUGCUGUAUUGCAACAAUUACUUCAGUAAAUGAAGUUGCUCCAAUCAAUGAAACCAAAUAUCCAAAACUAACAGCUUGGAUGGAACGAAUUUCAGAGCUACCCUACUAUAAGAGUGUCAAUGAGGAAGGAGCUGAAGAGUUGAAGAAACUCUUUAAAGAAAAAUUAGCCGAAAAUAAAUCGAAGAAAUAAAAAAUAAUAUUAUUGUAUAAUAUUAUGUAUCUAGUUUAUAAUGUUUAAAAACUAUAUAAUUUUUGUAUUUUUUUCUUUUUUUUGUUUUCCUUUUGAAAAUUAUAUAAAAUUAUCACGUAACUUA